CAGCUUGUCAUUCUCCAAAGAAGACCAGAUCACAACUAGUGGCCUAAGCAGCAUGGCUCCAUCGCUUCUUGCAACGGCAGGAGGACUUCUGUUCCUCUUCUCCUUCUCAUCGGCAGAAACCAGAGGAGACAACAUUGCAACAUGCACCCAAAAUGACGGCUUUGGAAACUACUGUCCUACAACAUGUGGAGUGGCUGACUACAUGCUGAGAUAUUUGUCAAGGGUGGACUAUGAUUUGGAUAAUUUGCUAGAGCAACUUGACUCAAUUGCCAAUUUGACCCAGGGGGCUGAAGAAAAAGUCAUCGACAUGAAAGAUUCUGCUGCUUCUGCCCAAAAGAGUUCCCAGCCAGACCCAUACUUCAAAAAAUCUUCAAGCAUACUGGAUGAAAUCGUUCGAUUUGAAAAGACCAUCAUUGCACAGGAACAUCAAAUAAAUUCGCUUCAGACUUUAGUUACAGACAAUGAGAGGAGAAUGUCAGACCUGAAACGACUCUCCCUUCAGCUGCACCAGAGAUGCAGCGAGCCCUGCAAAGACUCGGUUGAGAUCCAGAUCCUCACAGGAACAGACUGCCAGGAUAUUGCAAACAAAGGUGCCACCACCAGUGGCCUUUAUUAUGUGAAGCCAGCAAACGCCCCCGAGCAGUUCCUGGUCUAUUGUGAGAUUGACAGCUUUGGACGCGGCUUUACAGUAAUCCAGAGGAGACGCGAUGGUAGCGUGGACUUCAACAAGGACUGGAACCAGUACAAGAAUGGCUUCGGCUAUCUCUCACCGGAUGACACCACAGAGUUCUGGCUCGGUAACGAGAAGAUGCAUCACCUGACGGUCACCCCUACUACCAUGCCGACUGUGCUGAGGAUAGAGAUUGUUGACUGGGAGGGCAACAAAAAAUAUGCCGACUACACCAUGUUCAAAGUGGGAGCAGAGAGUGACAUGUACCGGCUGACGUACGGCUACUUCUUGGGCGGUGAUGCUGGAGACGCCUUCGACGGCUUUGACUUUGGUGAUGACCCCAGUGACAAGUUCUACACGUCUCACAACGGCCAGCAGUUCAGCACCUUCGACAAGGACAACGACAAGUACAAUGGGAACUGUGCUCAGCAGGACGGCUCCGGCUGGUGGAUGAACAGAUGUCACGCUGCACAUUUGAACGGCAAAUACUACCAGGGUGGCCAGUACUCACAAAAGGAUGCAGGUGAAUCUGGCUUCGACAAUGGCAUUAUCUGGGUUACAUGGCACAACCGCUGGUACUCCCUGAAGGAGACCACCAUGAAGAUCAUUCCCCUCAGCCGCCUCACAGCGGGCGGUGGACAGCAUACUGGAGUGAAACAGUUUGGCGGACUUGGAGAUAUCUAAAGAAACAGACAAACAAGCUUGUGGUCUGUUUAGGCUGCAGUUAAGUUGUUAAUCACAACAGCACCGAAUCCGCAUUUAAAGAAUGGUUCAUCCCAAAAUCAAACAGUUUAUAAAUGUAGUAUUUUUCCUCUUACUUGAACUGCUAUUUAUCAAUCUAGAUUGUUUUGCUUUGAAUUGCCUAGUUUUGGAGGUAUCGGCCAUAGUGAUGUCUGCCUUUUCUCUCUAAUUUAAUGGGAUAGUAUGGCUCUCUGCUUGAGGUGCGCAGUGCCCAAAGAUUACAUUUGAAAAACUCAACAGCAACGUCUCUUUCCAGAAAUCCUGACCUGGUUACUCAAGAUAAUCCACUGACAUUGUUGUGAGCAGUUUAAUGAAUGAAGUUCCAUGAAACAGCUCACAACAAGGUCUGUAGAUUGAAAGAAUAGCACCACCUGUAAGAGGAAAAAUGUGUUUAUAAGGAUUUUGUGGUGAACUCUCCCUUUAAAUGAAAUGAUAGUCUCCAUGGGAAAUUUCUGACUUUAUGAUGUGUGAUGCUUGUGCAUGUUUUACUGAUCUGACGCUGCAGGACAUUGUGUCUCAAUGUUGUUUAGCACACUAAAUAACGCCUUUUCUUAAAAUACUCAUUACUUCAUUGUCUUAGUUUGUACUCUGUUGAUACAACCUGCAGAGUCCAUGUUGCAAGCUUAAAAAUAAAUGAUCAAAAAGGAUAUGUGUCUGAAUUAACUCUGCAAAAAGUUUGUCAUUGUGCACCAGAAUGACCGGAAAUAUACACCUGUAUGUAUGUACAAUACAACAGCCUUGAAAUAAAUACCAUCUUAAACGUAAA